CACCAUCCUCAGCUGGCGGCGGCAAAAACACAAUCCGAGCGGCGAUAAUGGCGGUCGUACUGGCGGUCUUCGCCGGAUACCUUCUCUUGUGGGUGAUGAUGCCUACGAAUCCGUACAAAGUGACUUGGUUGCCGGUGCUCCGGGCAAAAACAGCCUCCACUUAUUUUGGAACCACCCAAGGUGCAACUUAUUUGGUAUUCACUUUCCCAAUUCUAUUCAUUGCAGCCUUGGGGUGUGUGUAUCUCCAUUUAGGACAAAAAUCCAAAGAUAACCUAAUUACCAAACGAGGAAAUGGUGAUAAUCGUACGGCUACAUGGAAGAGGCCAAUUGUGACCAAAGGGCUAGGGAUCGUUUCUCGAAUCGAGCUUGCGUUUUUCCUAAUGUUCGUUGCACUUCUUAUUUGGAACCUCGCCACUUAUUUGCGAAUUAGUUUCCCCAAAAUCACGCCGAAAUCGGCCGCGAAAAGUGGAGAACAAGUGUGGGAAGCGAAGCUGGACACGGCGGCGCUUCGACUAGGACUUGUCGGGAACAUAGCGUUGUCGUUUUUGUUUUUCCCGGUGACACGUGGCUCGUCGGUGCUUCCGCUUUUCGGGCUGACUUCUGAGGGGAGUGUUAAAUACCACAUUUGGCUGGGCCAUAUGGUGAUGGCCCUUUUCACUUCACAUGGCAUUUGUUACAUCAUCUUUUGGGCUUCCACUCAUGAAUUAUCAGAGAUGCUGAAAUGGGAGAACACCGGAGUAUCGAACGUGGCCGGAGAAAUAUCGCUACUAGCGGGUUUAAUCCUAUGGGCGACGACAUUUCCGAGAAUAAGGAGAAAAAUGUUCGAGCUGUUUUUCUACACUCACCAUCUCUACAUUGUGUUCGUCUUCUUCUUCGUGCUCCAUGUCGGGAUUAGCUACUCCAGCAUCAUGCUCCCCGGUUUCUUCCUCUUUGUCAUCGACAGGUUCCUCAGAUUCUUACAGUCGAGACGAAGCGUUCGUUUAUUGUCCGCUAGGGUUCUUCCUUGUCAAACCGUUGAGCUCAACUUCUCGAAGACCAAAGGUCUAGAUUACAAUCCAACGAGCACCAUCUUCGUAAAUAUUCCCGCCAUUUCCAAGCUGCAGUGGCAUCCUUUCACUAUAACUUCAAACAACAACAUAGAACCAGAGAUUCUAAGUGUUAUAAUCAAAUGCGAAGGCAUUUGGACUAAGAAUCUUCACCAACUCGUCAUCUCACCAUCCGUCGAUCGUCUUCAAGUAUCAGUCGAAGGUCCGUACGGACCCACCUCAACAAAUUUUCUCAGGCAUGAUAUGGUGGUGAUGAUUAGUGGAGGAAGUGGGAUCACCCCAUUUAUUUCGAUAAUCAAAGAACUUAUAUUCGUAAGCUCAACCCUAAAAUCCAAAACCCCGAAAAUCGCACUCAUUAGUGUAUUCAAGAACUCGUCGCACCUCUCCAUAUUAGACCUAAUCCUCCCAAAUUCCACCUCAAUUAAUAACAAUAACCACCCCGAUAACUUUGACCUACAAAUCGAGGCUUACGUGACAAGAGAAAGAGGGCAACCGAAAGAAAAAAUAAGCUCCACACGAAACGUGUUUUUCAAGCCAAACGCGUCCGAUUUGCCUAUAUAUCCCACGUUAGGCCCCAACAGUUGGCUAUGGCUCGGUGCAAUAAUUUCCUCGUCUUUUGUUAUUUUUCUUUUGCUAUUGGGAAUUUUUACGCAAUACGUCGUUUAUCCGGUCGAUAAGAAAGGCAAAGUGGGGUACUCGUACACAAAGAAAGCUUCGAUGAACAUGUUCCUCGUGUGCUUCUCGAUAGUUGUUGCAGCUAGCGGUGCGUUUCUAUGGAACAAGAAAAAGAAUAUUGCCGAUGAAGAUAGCAAGCAAAUUCAAGAUAAUACGGAGGAAUAUUCCACGGCUAAAAUAUCGGAUGAUGUGGAACUCGAAAGCCUUCCCAUUCGAUCGGUUAUUAAAUCGGUCAAUGUGCAAUAUGGUCAAAGGCCUGAUCUCAAGAGAAUUCUUUCGGGGAUCGAAGAAAGGAGCGUUGGAGUACUUGUAAGCGGACCGAAGACGAUGAGGCGUGACGUGGCAGCUAUAUGCUCAGCUGAGCUGGCAGAUAAUCUGCAUUAUGAAUCCAUUAGCUUCACUUGGUGAUUUGAUUACAUUGAUGCAAAAGAAGUAAAAUAAAUAAAUUAUGUACUUUGAAGUUGUUUAAUUUGUGCAUUUUCACUUGAUCAAUUGGCUAUGUAUAUAAAAUAAGCAGAUUUAUGGCUUUUUGUGAACGUGUUUAGUGUUUUUUUUUCCAUAAAGUACCUUGUCAAGUUUAUUAUCAUAAACGGAUUUUCCGUAACGGUCGUAGAGACCACGUUUCGAGUUC